AUUAUGCAACCCGCCUCCCGGCCCCGCGAAGCUUCCACUCGGCUGAGGGCUGCAACGGCGGCGGGCAGGCGGCCGGAGGGUGCUCGCGCGGCCAGAUACUGCCCGUGAUCGAACUUCUCAAUCCUCAGAGGCUUGGAUCUCCCACCUCACUCCCCCAACCAGGCCGCCUGGCCCCUGUGUGCACUCGUGGUGGCCUCUCCGCCUUCCGUGUUUUCCUCCUGCCCGCCCCAUGGCUCAGACAUGAGUGGCCCUCUAGAAGGGGCUGAUGGGGGAGGGGACCCCGGGCCGAGGGAAACCUUUUGCCCGGGAGGAGCCCCAUCCCCUGGGCCUCCGCAGCGCCGGUCUUGCCCUGGCCCCAGCCUGGCUGAUGACACAGAUGCCAACAGCAACGGCUCCAGUGGCAAUGAAUCCAAUGGGCCCGAGUCCCGGGGCGCCUCUCAGAGGAGCUCACACAGCUCUUCCUCAGGCAACGGCAAGGACUCAGCCCUGCUGGAGACCACUGAGAGCAGCAAGAGCACGAACUCUCAGAGUCCGUCCCCACCCAGCAGUUCCAUUGCCUACAGCCUCCUGAGUGCUAGCUCCGAACAGGACAACCCGUCUACCAGUGGCUGCAGCAGCGAACAGUCAGCCCGGGCAAGGACCCAGAAGGAGCUCAUGACGGCUCUGCGGGAGCUCAAGCUUCGGCUGCCGCCUGAGCGCCGGGGCAAGGGCCGCUCUGGGACCCUGGCCACGCUCCAGUACGCUCUGGCCUGUGUCAAGCAGGUGCAGGCCAACCAGGAGUACUACCAGCAGUGGAGCCUGGAGGAGGGCGAGCCUUGUGCCAUGGACAUGUCCACCUAUACCCUAGAGGAGCUGGAGCACAUCACGUCCGAGUAUACGCUGCGCAACCAGGAUACCUUCUCCGUGGCUGUCUCCUUCCUGACAGGCCGCAUUGUCUACAUUUCGGAGCAGGCGGGUGUCCUCCUCCGCUGCAAACGGGAUGUGUUCCGCGGGGCCCGCUUCUCAGAGCUGCUGGCUCCCCAGGAUGUGGGCGUCUUCUAUGGUUCCACUGCCCCGUCUCGCCUGCCCACCUGGGGCGCUGGGACCUCAGCAGGUUCAGGCCUCAAGGACUUCACCCAGGAGAAGUCUGUUUUCUGCCGUAUCAGAGGAGGUCCUGACCGGGAUUCAGGGCCUCGGUACCAGCCAUUCCGCCUCACGCCAUACGUGACCAAGAUCCGGGUCUCAGAUGGGGCCCCAGCACAGCCGUGCUGCCUGCUCAUUGCAGAGCGCAUCCACUCGGGUUAUGAAGCUCCCCGGAUCCCCCCUGACAAGAGGAUCUUCACCACUCGGCACACACCCAGCUGCCUCUUCCAGGAUGUGGACGAAAGGGCCGCCCCGCUGCUGGGCUACCUCCCCCAGGACCUCCUAGGGGCCCCAGUGCUCCUGUUCUUGCAUCCUGAGGACCGACCCCUCAUGCUGGCCAUCCACAAGAAGAUCUUGCAGUUGGCGGGCCAGCCCUUUGACCACUCCCCUAUCCGCUUCUGUGCCCGGAAUGGCGAGUAUGUCACCAUGGACACCAGCUGGGCCGGCUUCGUGCACCCUUGGAGCCGCAAGGUGGCCUUUGUCUUGGGCCGCCACAAAGUCCGCACGGCACCCCUGAAUGAGGAUGUGUUUACUCCCCCGGCCCCCAGCCCAGCUCUGUCUCUGGACUCUGACAUCCAGGAGCUCUCGGAGCAGAUCCACCGGCUGCUGUUACAGCCCGUGCACAGCCCCAGUCCCACGGGGCUCUGUGGAGUGGGCGCCGUCGCUUCCCCGGGCCCUCUCCUCAGCCCUGGCUCCUCCAGUGACAGCAACGGGGGUGAUGCCGAGGGGCCUGGGCCUCCUGCGCCGGUGACGUUCCAGCAGAUCUGUAAGGACGUGCAUCUGGUGAAGCAUCAGGGGCAGCAGGUUUUCAUUGAGUCCCGCGCCCGGCCUCUACCCCGGCCCCGCCUCCCUGCUACAGGCACAUUCAAGGCCAAGACCAUUUCCUGCCGGUCCCCAGACCCAGAACUGGAAGUGGUCCCUGCUCCCGUCCAGGCCCCACUCACCUUGACCCCUGACGAGGUGGAGAGGAAAGAAGCCUCCAGUUGUUCCUACCAGCAGAUCAACUGCUUGGACAGCAUCCUCAGGUACCUGGAGAGCUGCAACAUCCCCAGCACGACCAAGCGGAAGUGUGCUUCUUCCUCCUGCACCACCUCCUCAGCCUCGGACGAGGACAAGCAGAGGACGGGUCCGGUCCCUUUGGGGGCCAAGAAGGAUCCAUCGGCAGUGCUGCGCGGGGAGGGGGCCGCCCCUCAGAAGGAGCCAGUGGUGGCAGGCACCCUGAGCCCGCUCGCCCUGGCCAAUAAGGCAGAGAGCGUGGUGUCCGUCACCAGCCAGUGUAGUUUCAGCUCUACCAUCGUCCAUGUGGGAGACAAGAAGCCCCCGGAGUCAGACAUCAUCAUGAUGGAGGACCUGCCUGGCCCGGCUCCAGGCCCAGCUGCCAGUCCGGCCCCCAGCCCCACGGUAGCCCCCGACCCCGCCCCAGACGCCUACCGCCCAGUGGGCCUGACCAAGGCCGUGCUGUCCCUGCACACACAGAAGGAGGAGCAGGCCUUCCUCAGCCGCUUCCGAGACCUCAGCCGACUGCGAGCGCUUGACGGCUCCUCCCCGGCCCCCCUGGCCCCUGGCGAGCGAGGCUGCCACCACGGCCCCACACCCCCCGGUCGCCGACACCACUGCCGAUCUAAAGCCAAGCGCUCCCGCCACCACCAGACUCCCCGGGCCGAAGCCCCCUGCUAUGGCUCCCACCCGUCGCCUGUGUCACCCUCGUCCCCCUGGCCUCCCCCACCAGCCACUACUCCCUUCCCAGCUGUGGUCCAGUCCUACCCUCUCCCAGUGUUCUCCCCGCGAGGAGGCCUGCAGCCUCUCCCCGCUGCCCCCACAGCUGGGCCCCCUGCAGCUUUCCCUGCCCCGCUGGUGACCCCCAUGGUAGCCUUGGUGCUCCCUAACUAUCUGUUCCCCGCUCCGCCCAGCUAUUCCUAUGGGGUAGCCCAGACCCCUGCCGAAGGGCCUCCUACCCCCGCCUCCCACUCCCCUUCUCCGUCCCUGCCCCCGCCGCCCCCCAGCCCUCCCCGUGCGCCGGACUCUCCACUCUUCAACUCGCGAUGCAGCUCCCCGCUCCAGCUGAAUCUGCUGCAGCUUGAGGAGCCCCCCCGUGUUGAAGGGGGUGCUGUUGCAGGAGGCGCUGGGAGCAGUGCUGGGCCCCCUCCUCCCAAUGAGGAGGCCGCUGAGCCAGAGGCCAGACUGGUGGAUGUGACAGAGUCCUCCAACCAGGACGCACUGUCGGACUCCAGCGACCUGCUGGAGUUGCUGCUACAGGAGGACUCUCGGUCCGGCACAGGCUCCGCCGCCUCAGGCUCCCUGGGCUCCGGCCUGGGCUCUGGGUCUGGUUCCGGCUCCCAUGAGGGAGGCAGCACCUCAGCCAGCAUCACACGCAGCAGUCAGAGCAGCCACACGAGCAAGUACUUCGGCAGCAUUGACUCUUCCGAGGCCGAAGCCGGGGCUGCCCAGGCCGGGGCUGAGCCCGGGGACCAGGUCAUUAAGUACGUGCUCCAGGAUCCCAUCUGGCUGCUCAUGGCCAAUGCCGACCAGCGUGUCAUGAUGACCUACCAGGUGCCGUCCAGGGACAUGGCCUCUGUGCUGAAGCAGGACCGGGAGCGGCUCCGGGCCAUGCAGAAGCAGCAGCCUCGGUUCUCAGAGGACCAGCGCAGGGAACUGGGUGCCGUGCACUCCUGGGUCCGGAAGGGUCAGCUGCCUCGGGCCCUCGAUGUGAUGGCCUGUGUGGAUUGCGGUAGUAGCACCCAAGACCCUGGCAACCCGGAUGAUCCCCUCUUCUCCGAACUCGAUGGACUGGGACUGGAGCCUAUGGAGGAGGGCGGAGGCGAGGGUGGGGGCGGGGGUACUGAGGGUGAGGGCGGAGAAGAGGCGCAGGCUCAAGCUGGGGCCAGGGUCUCCAGCUCUCAGGACCUGGCCAUGGAGGAGGAGGAACAAGGUGGGAGCUCACCCAGUCCAGCCUUACCCGCCACAGAAAAUGGCACCAGCUAGACCACAUUUGGGGGCCGCCUCCGGCAGUGCAUGAGAAGCUUCCUUCUCCCGUGUUCCACCUCUCAGAACUCAGAUGUGGCUGGACCAACCAAUAGGAAACUGCCCCAGCUUCUCCCACUUAGGGGGCGGGACCCCCACCAGCAGCCCAGGAUCCAGGGGCUGCCUCCUGCUUCUGAGGGUACAGACGUUGGCGGGGGGCGGCGGGGAUUCGUCAGCCCAGCCCAGAGAAGCGGCGUCUCCCAGCUCUGGUGAGGAGCUCUUCCUUCCCCUGGACAAGGUUGCUGACAAGCUGCUCAAGUGGUCUCGUCCCGUCUGAGCCCGAGUCCCGGUCCCUGAGGGUUGGGGCUGCACUUAUUUAUUGGGGGAGACAGCCCCUUCUCCCACCUCCUCCCUAGAGGGGAGGGGGAGGGCCAGCGGUCCAAACCCCUAGCUGCUCCGGGGUGGGGGAGGUUGGUGGACCAUGGAGUCCCUGGUGCUGCCCCUCAGGUGGGACCCAGGUGUUCUCAGCUGUACCCUCUACCGAUGGCAUUUGUGUUUUUGAUAUUGUGUCUGUUGUUAUUUUUUAAUACAAAGAGGAAAAAAAAAAC